AUGAGUCGCGUGCACGCUCCCAGAAAGGGCCUGUCCCAUUGGGCUCUGCCUUACCGCUGCAUCGUCCCCACCUGGCUAGAGCUCACAUCUGACGUCGCGAGACAGCAGAUCUACAAACUGGGCAAGGAGGACCUGAUUCCUUCACAAAUCGGUGUGAUCCUGCGAGACUCACAUCGUGUUGCACAAGUACGUUUUGUGACAGGCACUAACGCGUUGAGAGUUCUUAAGUCCGAAGGACUUUCCCCUGAUCUUUCUGAGGAUCUCUACCAUUUGACUAAGAAACCUGUUGCUGUUCGAAAGCCUCUUGAGAGGAACAGAAAACAUCAGGAUGCUAAAUUCCGAUUGAUUCUGAUGAGGAGCCGCAUUUACCGGUUGGGUCAAUAUUAUAAGACCACGUGAGUAUAUCUCA